AUGGCAUCAUCGUCUGCGAAGUCUCCGUCGCUACUCACGGUCACGGGUAAAUCCACCCGACACGUCAAUCUCUUGUUGAUAAACCCAAACUCGACUCAAUCCAUGACAGAUUCAUGCUUGAAAAGCAUUGAAUCCACGUUGCCUCAGCAUGUCACAGUCUACGGCUUUACCUGUCCAGAACCCGGCCCUUCGGCUGUGGAAGGCAAGGUAGACGCCGUCAUUUCGGCGGCAGACUCGUUCAGGGCACUCCACCCUCUCCUGCGGGCCGAUCCCAAGCGCUUCGACGGCUUUUUAGUCGCCUGCUUCUCGGCGCACCCUCUAAUCGCCAUGCUGCGCGAAGAGUACGAGCAGCCCGUCAUGGGCAUCAUGGAGGCCGCGCUGUACGCGAGUCGCAUGUGCGGCGAGAGCGUGGGCAUCGUCACCACGAGCGAGCGGUCCGCCGUCAUGCACGCGCGGUCAACGGUCGAGUACGGCUUUGCGAACUACUCGGUGGGGUGCGAGACGGGCCACGUCUCGGUCUUGGAGCUCGAGUCGCUGCCUCGGGACGUGGUUUACGCGGGCCUCGGUGCGGCGGCCCAGAGGCUGGUGGACAAGGGCGCCGACUGCAUUUGCUUGGGGUGCGCCGGCAUGACGGGGAUGCGUGAGGCAGUGAGCAGCGCUGUCGGCAUGGAUGAGAGGAAGGCCAUGGUGGUUGAUGGAGUCGCAAUAGGGAUUCACUUUCUUACGGCCUUAGCUCAAGAGUCUCUGGGGACACCCAAGAGUGGUGUGUAUCGGAGCUCGGCGGCGGGGCGAGCAAGACGCGGCCAGCAAUGGCUGUGA